UAAAAGUGUGUGUGUGUGUGAGACACCGAUGCUUACUUCACUCACAGAGCUCUCAUUACAGGCGCUGUGAGGACCACCAGACUUUCACUUCUUUUUUUUUUGCCCAAAAAAGGACCACCUAAACAGCAGAAUGCGCGAGUGUAUCUCCAUCCAUGUGGGCCAGGCUGGUGUCCAGAUGGGCAACACCUGCUGGGAGCUGUACUGCCUGGAGCACGGCAUCCAGCCCGACGGCCAAAUGCCCAGCGACAAGCCCAAAGGAGGCCACGACGAUUCCUUCACCACCUUCUUCAGUGAGACCGGCACGGGAAAGUAUGUGCCCAGGGCCAUAUUUGUCGACCUGGAACCUACUGUCAUUGAUGAGGUACGCACGGGAACGUAUCGCCAGCUCUUUCACCCGGAGCAACUCAUCUCUGGGAAGGAGGAUGCUGCCAACAACUAUGCCCGCGGCCACUACACCGUUGGAAAGGAGCACAUCGACUCUGUCCUCAACAGGAUCCGCAAGCUGUCGGACCAGUGCGUUGGUCUCCAAGGGUUCCUGGUGUUCCAUUCCUUUGGAGGAGGAACCGGUUCCGGCUUCACGUCUCUUCUGAUGGAGCGUCUCUCCGUUGACUUCGGCAAGAAGUCCAAGCUGGAGUUCGCCAUCUAUCCGGCCCCUCAGGUGUCCACCGCCGUGGUGGAGCCGUACAACUCCAUCCUGACCACGCACACCACCUUGGAGCACUCCGACUGCGCCUUCAUGGUGGACAACGAGGCCAUCUAUGACAUCUGCCGUAGGAACCUGGACAUAGAGCGUCCGUCAUACACCAACCUGAAUCGGCUAAUCAGUCAGAUUGUCUCUUCAAUCACGGCCUCGCUGCGCUUCGACGGCGCCCUGAAUGUGGACUUGACAGAGUUCCAGACCAACCUGGUGCCCUACCCGCGCAUCCACUUCCCUCUGGCGACCUACGCCCCCGUCAUCUCAGCAGAGAAAGCGUACCACGAGCAGCUCACCGUGGCGGAGAUCACCAACGCCUGCUUCGAGCCCGCCAAUCAGAUGGUGAAAUGCGACCCUCGCCACGGCAAGUACAUGGCGUGCUGCCUGCUGUACCGCGGCGACGUGGUGCCCAAAGAUGUCAACGUGGCGAUUAGCAACAUCAAAACAAAGCGCUCCAUCCAGUUUGUGGACUGGUGUCCCACCGGCUUCAAGGUGGGCAUCAACUACCAGCCCCCCACUGCAGUUCCCGGUGGAGACCUGGCCAAGGUCCAGAGGGCCGUGUGCAUGCUGAGCAACACCACGGCCAUCGCCGAAGCCUGGGCUCGACUGGACCACAAGUUUGACCUGAUGUACGCCAAGAGGGCCUUCGUGCACUGGUACGUCGGCGAGGGGAUGGAAGAGGGAGAGUUCUCCGAAGCCAGAGAAGACAUGGCCGCCCUGGAGAAGGACUACGAGGAGGUGGGCGUCGACUCGCUGGACGAAGACGAAGAGGGCGAGGAGUAUUAAAGCAGGAAAUGGAACCUAUGUUUGUGGACUGAGCAGCUUCUUUGGCGAUACAGAACCCGUUUAUGUCGACCAACUCACCGAGUCGUAGUAUGACUACAAAGUGCCAUACAUGGUGGCUCAAUUUUUUGGAGAUCACUUUUCUAUAAAAAUAUAUAUAUAAGUCAGGGGUGUCAAACUCAUUUUAGCUCAGGGGCCGCAUGGAGGAAAAUACAUGGUAAAAUCAUGGCAUGAUAACUUAAAAAAUAAAACCAACUUCAGAUUGUUUUCUUUCUGAAAAUGUACAUUUUACAAAUAAUUCUGUUGGCAAAACACUUCAAGUUAGUUGAAAAUUCUGAGGAAAAGAAUUGGUGCGGUUUAAAAAACAGUCUCAGUGUAUUUACAAAGGCAUUAAACUUCAAGCAAUUCCUGUUUAUCGUUUGGGAAAGGAGUGUUUCCUCAAACCGCUGCAUUGGUGACAUCCGCAACUGCCACAACACAUUCAUUCAUCAUCAUUCGAAUAUUACAAUUAUAAUAGAAACACAACAAUUAUCAAAAAGACACCAUAGCUGACAUCAAGGUAACAUAACUACAAACUUAACCAAUGUGAACAUGGUAGAUUUAAGCAUAAAAUAAAACAGAACAAAACAACAAAAUGUAGAAAACGCACAUUUUUACAAUGGAGUUCAGGGUGUGCAACUCGCUUUCAACCAAGUGCGAGCGCUGCGGAGAACUAACUACUACGAAGAUGACGGUCAUGUCGACUAAAGUCUUUGCAUCUUACCGUUUCCUUGUGUUAUCCAUUGAGUGGAUAAUUUACAAGGAAAGAAGGUAUUGUGCGUCGAUACUGCAUCAGUCUGCCGCCAUCUGCUGCCAGCCACAGCAGGAGCAGCUGAUUGAUUAAAGAGUGUCAUGUGUGAAAAUUUUGCUAUUGCAACAUCUAGUGGACACAUUUAGAACCGCAGUUUCCUUCAAUAAAAAAAAAAUUGCAGCUCAUUUUUAUACUUGGCAAACUCAUCUUGCAGGCCACGGGCCGGAUUAAGCCUGUUGGCGGGCCUGAUAUGGCCCACGGGCCCGUGUGUUUGACACCCCUGACAUAAGUCCAUUUACUUUGCCAUGUUAACUUCCUAAUUAUCAAACAACAACCACAGUGAAGUCCUGCUCAGUGCAACGUAAGCUUCAAAAUAAAAGCACGACAGUAACAACCUGGAUUCGACAACAAAACUCAACAUAAUGCACCCAGUACCAAAUGUUGUUUGUGUCAAAAACAUGCAACAAAACAUAACUAUAAAUAAAAUACCUGCAAAAAGAAAACUAUGAAGUUAGGAAGACAUGUCAACGGACGCCCUUUAAAAAAAUCAUAGCUAUUCCUAUUCGACAUGUCUGGUAAAGUCCCAAAUGUGGCUAGAUUGGGUUUGGGUCAUGUCGACAUAAACAAGUUUUACUGUAUCAUACAUUUUAAGGCAGGUAUGUGGUUGGUGAGCUAAUAAACACUGACGUUAAUGCUGUGUAAAAAUGUGCAAGAGCUAUCAUGUUUGCUUUUCUGUAGGUUGACGUGUUUGUGUCUUCUUUUUCGAAUAAUAUGUUUACAAACA